GGACCCUGAUAAAAGGAGACUGCCAGCACUCAGACAGGCAGGCGGGGAGCGCCGCUCUCCCCAGCUCGCUGGGCUGCGGCCUGGGCAGAGGAGGCCGGGCUGAGCGACACUUACGCCGGCGGCGGCGGCGGCCGGGGUAGAGUCGGGACGAGAGAAACGCGCAGACCCUCAUCGCUGUCCUGCAUAAACAAUCGAGUAACCGCCUUCCCCGCGUCUGAACCCGCCGUCCUGAGCGGGUCUGGACCGGACCUGCGGGCGCACGUCUGCACUUUUUGGCAGAGACACCCACCUCCUCCCGUCUCCGCGCCACAUCACCCCACACCACCCUCGGGUCUCCUUCUUCAGGGCUGGUUCACGACAUCUCGACAGUCUAGUGCAUCAUGUCCGGAACGGGGUUAUGAGUCCCCGGACACGUUUUCUAAACGAACCGUCGCGGUUCGGAAGCCGUGGUUGUGAUCAUGGGACCGAGAUUGCAGCAAAGAUUGGAGGUGAUGCUGGAACAGCACCCCUGAACAACACCAGCAGUACCGAGAGCUACACCUUCACUGCGCAGAAACGCCAGCUGGAGGAUGCAGAACAGCCGGACAGUAAGAAGAUGGCGUCUCAGAGUGAGCGGGACUCCUCCUCUGCUCUGUCCAUUGGAGCUCAGUUGGCGGCCCUUCACCAGCAGAGGCCAGCGAGUACCACAGAGGAGUACCGCGUUCCUGAUGGCAUGGUUGGACUCAUAAUUGGUCGAGGAGGAGAGCAGAUUAAUAAGAUCCAGCAGGACUCGGGGUGUAAAGUUCAGAUUGCUCCAGACAGUGGUGGUCUGCCGGACCGGAGUGUCUCUCUCACGGGGACCCCGGAGUCCAUACAGAAGGCGAAGAUGCUGCUGGACGAGAUAGUGUCCCGGGGCCGCGGCACGCCGCCCACCUUCCACGAGUCCACCAACGGCCAGAGCGGGUCGGUGCAGGAGAUCAUGAUCCCCGCCGGCAAGGCAGGGCUGGUGAUCGGCAAGGGGGGCGAGACCAUCAAGCAGCUGCAGGAGCGUGCAGGAGUGAAGAUGAUCCUCAUCCAGGAUGGCUCUCAGUCAGCCAACAUGGACAAACCCCUGCGCAUCAUCGGAGAGCCUUACAAAGUACAGCAAGCUCGGGAGCUGGUGCAGGAGAUCCUGCGAGAGAGGGAUCAUCCCGGCUUUGUGGAGAGAAAUGAGUACGGCUCCCGUAUGGGCGGAGGGGGAGGCGGCAUUGAUGUGCCCGUUCCUCGUCACUCUGUGGGCGUGGUCAUUGGACGCAAUGGAGAGAUGAUCAAGAAAAUCCAGAACGACGCUGGAGUCCGAAUCCAGUUCAAGCCAGGUGCUGUGCGCUACACACUGUCUGAAUCCAGUUCAAGCCAGGUGCUGUGCGCUACACACUGUCUGAAUCCAGUUCAAGCCAGGUGCUGUGCGCUACACACUGUCCGAAUCCAGUUCAAGCCUGGUGCUGUGCGUUAUACACACACAGUCCGAAUCCAGUUCAAGCCAGAUGACGGUACUGGCCCUGACAAGAUUGCGCACAUCAUGGGUCCCCCAGAGCGCUGUGAACACGCGGCUCGCAUCAUCGCUGACCUGCUGCAGAGCAUCCGGUCAGGCCCCCCGGGUCCCCCCGGACCGGGAAUGCCCCCUGGGGGUCGGGGGCGUGGCCGGGGGCAAGGCAACUGGGGUCCCCCAGGUGGUGAGGUCACCUUCUCCAUCCCCAGCCACAAGUGCGGCCUGGUCAUCGGCAGAGGUGGGGAGAACGUCAAGGCCAUCAACCAGCAGACGGGGGCGUUCGUCGAGAUCUCCCGCCAGCCCCCUCCCAACGGUGACCCCAACUUCAAGCUGUUCACCAUCCGGGGCACCCCCCAGCAGAUCGACCACGCCAAGCAGCUGAUCGAGGAGAAGAUCGAGGGUCCACUGUGUCCGGUGGGUCCAGGGCCUGGUGGGCCUGGCCCCUCAGGUCCAAUGGGGCCCUACAACCCAAGCCCUUACAACCAGGGACCUCCGGGAGGCCCACCACAUGGGGGUCCCCCUCCACCACACCAGUACCCCCCACAGGGCUGGGGCAACACCUACCAGCAGUGGCAGCCCCCCGGACCCCAUGACCCCAGCAAGGCAGCAGCUGCUGCAGAUCCCAGUGCAGCCUGGGCAGCCUACUAUGCCCAGUACUACCAGCAGCCUCCCGCCCCGGUACCUGGACAGCCCCCCGCCGCCCCAACAGGAGCCCCCGUGCCCACAGACCAGCCUCAGGCCAGCCAGGCGCCUGCUGGCCAGCCAGAUUACACCAAGGCCUGGGAGGAGUAUUACAAGAAGCUGGCCCAGGCAGCUGGCACAGCGCCCCCUGCCUCCGGUGCCCAGACUGACUACAGCGCGGCGUGGGCCGAGUACUACAGGCAGCAGGCCGCCUACUACGGACAGACAGGGGGCCAGCCGGCCGGACAGACAGCCCCCCCACAGCAGGGACAGCAGACGCAGUGAGGUGAUGGGAUGGGACGGGACAGCCGCCCUGCGGAGAGGAGGAUCGGGCCGGAAAGUCAGAGGGGUAUUCACCAUUCUGCUCAUCCACAGCCAGACUGCAACUUGGAGUUUUAAUUUCGAGUUUGAUUUUUAUUUUUUUGUUUUUAUUUUUGUCCUGUGAAAGACCGAGAGAAGAGAAGGGUGCCCCCCCCCCCACACACACACACCCUUUUCCCCUACCCCUUAGCCCCUUAAAUCCUUCUCCCUUCGUUCUGCUUUUUAAAAAAAAAUAAAAAUUCUUUAAAAGACUUUUUCCCUUUUUUCGUUCUCUACGGGUGAAGGCAGAGAGAGGCUGACUCCUCUAGUUUUCCGGAGUUUUUUCCGCCUCAGUCUGAUUUUUAUUCCUGCGGAUGCGAGCGGACUCCGGGGGGGGGGAGAGACUUGACUGGCACCCCUUGCGCGGCUGAGCGCGCGGUCCGGUUGUCCGUGUCCGCCUGGGCCGGAGGCGGAGCCGUGUUUUUACAGCUGUGUCCCAGUUCAGCUUGGAACAUUCCCAGUAAGGAGAGCAGAGGGCGCGUGGAGGAGUCCUCUGUCUUGUGCCCGCGUGCUGGUUUUUUAAUUCUCCCUGUACAUCUUCCUCAGGGGCCCUGUGGUGUGGUCUGCUGGCAAGGUUGAGGGCGAGUGUGUGUGUGCGCGCGCGCGUCUCUCGACGCGUGGCGACGUGGCCGAGUGUGUGUGCGCGUGUCUCUGGAUGUGGGGCGACGUGGCCAUGCGUACAUGCGUGUCUCUGGAUGUUGGGCGAUGUGGUAUAGUGUAUGUGUGUCCAUGUGUGUCUCUGCAUGUGCGGCGAUGUGGCCGUGUGUGUGGAUGCGCGUGUCCCUGGAUGUGUGGUGACAUGACCGAGUGUGUGUGUGUGUGUGCGCAUGCGUGUGUCUCUGGAUGUGUGGCAAUGUGGCCGUGUGUGUGUGUGUGCACGUGUCCCUGGAUGUGUGGUGAUGUGGCCGUGUGUGUGUGUGAGUGUGUGUCUCUGGAUGUGUGGCGACAUGGCUGGUUGGCGAGCACACGCUGUGCCUGGGUGACGAGGCUGGUGUUCACCUGCGGAUGGUUAUGACAAAUGUCUGCAGUGGGUGGUUUUGGGGAGGUGAUGUUUUUUUUUCCUGUUGAGACGUCAUGAGGUUGUAUAUUGUACACCUGGUUUUUACUUUUUACUGCUCGUUUUUAAAAACUUCACAAUAAAAGAUAUCAGACACCUUC